AUGACUAACCGCCUCCACAGUCACGGUCUGCAUGACGACGACAACCAGGAUCAGAUCGGUUCCAAAAGUCCCAGUCCGACGGGAGUCGUUACACCGCAACCCGAUCCUUCAGACAAACGUCUGCCAUCCAUAAUGCACAACUUCCUUCAGGUUGGUGUUCCCUCUGGUGAUCAACCCAACCCCUCCAAACCACGGACCUUUCCUUCUGAGACUCCUGCCUCCGUGUACUAUGUACAGUCGAAUGCGCCUACGACACGGACACGGGAUCACCGAAGUUCCGGCCAUUCUUCCUCCUCCUCCUCCUCCUCCUCCCCAGGCUCUUAUGUCAUGACGGGACGCGACGCGGCUUCGGAGAUGAGGUCGUCGCUCGCUGCCCGAGACAAUCACUUUGUAACGCCGGAGAAUUUGCCCCCGACGAAUCUACCAACCCCUCCUUACUGCUCCGCAUCUUCCCUUCUUCAGAAAGACUCGGACGAGGCGGAAUUGGGGUCUUCGGGCCCCGACAAGAGCAUGGGGUCGAUCUUUAAUGCGUUAAAGAAUUAUCUCUCCCCUUCGGGGAACUCCUCCCCUGAGCCUCCCGCCCGCCGCCACACCUCUCACCCAGUCUCGAGCAUCUCGGGCGAUCCAGUCCUUGCCACCCACUUCUCCAACCCUACCCUCUCGUGCACUGCAGAUGCCCUGUGUUUGCCGGAAGCUCCCCUCUUCGACCAUGAGAAGCCACUCGUUUCUACGUCUUCUGAGAACCUUGCGAAGCUAACUGGAAAUGUGUCUGAUCUUUCGCAUUUAAAGAAUACGCCCCCUCUCACGCCGCGGGCCAUGUCCAACGAAGGUUCUCAAGUCGAUAAGAAACCCAACACCUCCGCGCCCCCCACUUCGGAGCCCACGCAAUCCGACGAGAUCGCCAAGUCCACCGACGAGAUCGCGGGCAAGCUCAACGAGGCCUUCCCGUCUCCGUCCGAAAGCCCUCAACCGACCACUGAACCGCCCGUUGGCUCGCUCAAGGGACAGCUUUAUGUCAACAUCUCCCAGGCUCGAGGACUCCGACCGGGUUUCGAUCCUUACGUGGUCUGUGUGUUUGAAUGGAAUGAGUGCAUCUCGAAAAGCGCCCAAGAUGAAGAAGAAGCCUCGAUAGAACGCCAGCAAAAGGAGCAAGAAAAGUCGGAGCUUGAGACUGGUCGACCCAUGGCCAUUCCCAUGAAAAGCCGCCAAAGUAGCAACAACAGUGCCCUCGAUGGCCCUGAUCACAGGAUUCGGGCCCCGGUUACUGACCCCCACUGGAACCACGAAGCUACCUUUGAUGUGCUCGGUGACAAAUCCGAGGUCGACAUUUCGGUCUACGACCGUAAAGAUCAGGAAGCGUUCUUGGGCCAUGUCCGACUCUGCGUCAACCUCAACGAAGAUAACAGCCGGCUGGAAGGAUGGUUCCCGUUAAAGGCUCGGGGAGCCGGUGACUCGCAAGUAUCUGGCGAGAUUCACCUGGAAAUGCGGUUUGAGAGAACGGAGAAGAAGCAGGUGGGCCCUAAUGACUUCCAGAUUCUGAAGCUUAUCGGGAAGGGCACGUUCGGCCAAGUCUACCAAGUCAAGAAGAAGGAUACGCGCCGAAUCUAUGCGAUGAAGGUCCUGUCGAAGAAGGUGAUCAUCCAGAAAAAGGAAGUGGCUCACACUCUCGGGGAGCGAAACAUUCUGGUCCGCACGGCAAUGGCCGCGUCUCCCUUCAUCGUUGGCCUCAAGUUCUCCUUUCAGACCCCCACGGAUCUCUAUCUGGUGACGGAUUAUAUGUCGGGCGGUGAACUGUUCUGGCAUCUGCAAAAGGAGGGGCGCUUCCAAGAAGCUCGCGCCAAGUUCUACAUCGCCGAGCUGAUCUUGGCUCUCCAGCAUCUGCACGAGCACGACAUUGUCUACCGCGACCUCAAGCCCGAAAACAUUCUACUCGAUGCAAACGGUCACAUUGCUCUCUGCGAUUUCGGAUUGUCUAAAGCGAAUCUUACCCAGAACGACACUACCAACACUUUCUGUGGUACCACGGAAUACCUGGCUCCGGAGGUGUUGCUCGAUGAGCAAGGAUACACCAAGAUGGUUGAUUUCUGGUCGCUUGGUGUCCUUGUCUUUGAGAUGUGCUGCGGCUGGAGUCCUUUCUACGCCGAAGACACGCAGCAGAUGUACAAGAACAUCGCCUUCGGCAAGGUCCGGUUCCCGCGAGACGCUCUCAGCACGGAGGGAAGGAACUUCGUCAAAGGCUUGCUGAACCGGAACCCGAAACACCGACUCGGGGCCAAGGGCGAUGCUAAGGAGCUCAUGGAGCACCCCUUCUUCCACGAUGUCGACUGGGAGGCCUUGUGCCGUAAGGAAGUCAUUCCGCCUUUCAAACCGAUCCUCAAGUCCGACACGGAUACCUCCAACUUCGAUCCUGAGUUUACCAAUGCGCUCAAUGCCUCACUGAAUGACCGAGCGGCCGCCGUUGCCAACGGCUUUAUGACGGCGUCGACACCGCUCUCACCAGGCAUGCAAGCUAACUUCAAGGGUUUCACGUUCGUCAACGAGAGUUCGAUCGAUCAUCACAUGAAGAACGAGCCCGGCGACCACAUGGACGAAGACACGGAAACGUGGCACCGGUCCCAUCGCAAGCAGAACUCGACAGACCACCGCAUGAGUGGCGUCCAGAAGACCAGCGAUGGCGGAGAGCCCGGCAUCUUCAACGUUGAUGACAAUUUUGACAUGUGA